CAGAGGCGCGGGAGGCUGGGGCAGCACCGACGCCUCGGGAGCCAUGGCCGAAGGGGGAGAAGGCGGCGAGGACGAGAUCCAGUUCCUGCGGACUGAAGAUGAAGUGGUUCUCCAGUGCAUCGCGAGCAUUCACAAGGAGCAAAGGAAGUUCUGCCUGGCAGCUGAGGGACUUGGCAAUCGCCUGUGCUUCUUGGAACCCACUUCAGAAGCCAAGUUUGUUCCUCCAGACCUCUGUGUCUGCAGUUUUGUGCUGGAACAGUCCCUGUCGGUCAGAGCCCUGCAGGAGAUGCUUGCCAGCACAGGGGAAAAUGGCGUAGAGUCAUCACAAGGGGGUGGGCACAGGACUCUGCUAUAUGGCCAUGCGAUUCUCCUGCGACACUCCUUUAGUGAAAUGUAUCUGACAUGUUUGACUACAUCAAGAUCCCAGACAGAUAAACUUGCCUUUGAUGUAGGUCUACAAGAACAUGCCACAGGAGAAGCCUGUUGGUGGACCAUACAUCCCGCUUCCAAACAGAGGUCUGAAGGAGAAAAAGUUCGAAUUGGAGAUGACCUCAUCCUCGUCAGCGUGUCCUCUGAAAGAUACCUUCAUCUCUCAAUAUCAAAUGCUAACAUACAAGUGGAUGCCUCCUUUAUGCAAACACUCUGGAAUGUACAUCCUACGUGCUCAGGAAGUAGCAUCGAAGAAGGAUACCUACUUGGAGGGCAUGUAGUACGUCUUUUCCAUGGUCAUGAUGAGUGUUUGACGAUACCAUCUACCGAUCAAAAUGAUGCCCAGCACAGAUUAUUCUAUGAAGCUGGGGGAGCUGGGACACGAGCCAGAUCUCUGUGGAGAGUGGAACCCCUUCGGAUUAGCUGGAGUGGCAGUAACAUCAGAUGGGGCCAGGCUUUCCGACUGCGGCAUCUCACCACAGGCCACUACCUGGCCUUGACAGAGGACCAAGGCCUAAUACUGCAAGACCGGGGAAAGUCAGACACCAAGGCUACAGCCUUCUCCUUCAGGGCAUCAAAGGAGAAACUGGAUUCCAGUCACAAAAGAGAUAUAGAAGGCAUGGGAGUUCCAGAAAUCAAGUACGGAGAUUCUGUGUGCUUUGUCCAGCAUGUAGCCAGUGGUCUGUGGGUGACCUACAAAGCACAAGAUGCCAAGACAUCCCGCCUUGGACCUCUGAAAAGAAAGGUCAUACUCCACCAGGAAGGCCACAUGGAUGAUGGGUUAACACUGCAGAGAUGCCAGCGUGAGGAAUCCCAGGCGGCCCGCAUCAUCCGCAACACAACAGCCUUAUUCAGCCAGUUCGUAAGUGGAAACAAUCGCACAGCUGCCCCCAUCACCCUGCCGAUAGAAGAGGUCCUGCAGACCUUGCAGGACUUGAUCACCUACUUCCAGCCCCCAGAGGAAGAGAUGCAGCAUGAAGAUAAACAGAACAAGCUCCGCUCACUCAAAAACAGACAGAAUCUUUUCAAGGAAGAGGGAAUGUUGGCGCUUGUGUUAAAUUGCAUUGACCGCUUAAACAUCUACAACAGCGUUGCACACUUUGCAGGGAUCGCAAGGGAAGAGAGUGGCAUGGCCUGGAAGGAAAUUCUGAACCUCCUGUACAAAUUGCUGGCUGCCCUCAUCCGUGGAAACAGAAACAAUUGCGCUCAAUUCUCCAAUAACCUUGACUGGCUAAUCAGCAAAUUGGACAGACUAGAAUCUUCCUCAGGUAUCUUGGAAGUCUUACACUGCAUCCUGACGGAAAGCCCAGAAGCCUUAAACCUGAUAGCAGAGGGCCACAUCAAGUCCAUCAUCUCCCUGCUGGAUAAGCACGGGCGGAACCACAAGGUUCUGGAUGUGCUGUGCUCCCUCUGUCUCUGCAAUGGGGUCGCAGUGAGAACCAACCAGAACCUCAUCUGCGACAACCUGCUGCCCCGGAGAAACCUGCUGCUGCAGACGCGGCUGAUUAACGACGUGACGAGUAUUCGACCAAACAUCUUCCUGGGAGUCGCUGAGGGCUCAGCACAGUACAAAAAGUGGUACUUCGAGCUCAUUAUCGACCAGGUGGACCCCUUCCUAACAGCAGAGCCCACACACCUGCGGGUGGGCUGGGCCUCUUCCUCAGGCUAUGCUCCAUACCCUGGAGGCGGAGAAGGAUGGGGAGGCAACGGUGUUGGGGAUGACCUGUAUUCCUAUGGCUUUGAUGGACUUCACCUUUGGUCAGGUCGCAUUCCCAGAGCUGUGGCCUCCAUCAACCAGCACCUCCUGAAGUCCGAUGACGUGGUGAGCUGUUGCCUAGACCUCGGUGUGCCCAGCAUCUCUUUCCGCAUCAAUGGACAGCCUGUGCAGGGGAUGUUUGAGAAUUUCAACACAGAUGGGCUCUUCUUCCCUGUGGUGAGCUUUUCAGCAGGUGUCAAAGUACGUUUCCUGAUGGGUGGACGUCAUGGAGAAUUUAAGUUUCUGCCUCCCUCUGGUUAUGCCCCUUGCUAUGAAGCCUUACUUCCCAAGGAAAAGAUGAGAUUGGAGCCUGUCAAAGAAUAUAAGCGUGACACCAAAGGCAUCAGAGAUCUGCUGGGAACCACCCAGUUCCUCUCCCAAGCCUCCUUCAUCCCAUGCCCCAUAGACACCAGCCAGGUGGUUUUGCCACCUCACCUAGAGAAGAUCCGAGACAGACUGGCUGAAAAUAUCCACGAGCUUUGGGGGAUGAACAAAAUAGAGCUUGGCUGGACUUUUGGCAAGAUACGGGAUGACAAUAAAAGACAACACCCCUGCCUGGUAGAGUUUUCAAAGCUGCCCGAAACCGAGAAGAAUUAUAACCUACAAAUGUCAACUGAAACCUUAAAAACGCUCCUAGCCUUGGGGUGCCACAUUGUUCAUGUGAAUCCAGCGGCUGAAGAGGACCUCAAGAAGGUCAAACUUUCCAAAAACUACAUGAUGUCCAAUGGCUAUAAGCCAGCCCCUUUGGAUUUGUCUGAUGUGAAGCUAUUACCUCCUCAGGAAAUUUUAGUGGAUAAGCUUGCAGAAAAUGCACAUAAUGUCUGGGCAAAAGACAGAAUAAAACAAGGAUGGACCUAUGGCAUUCAACAGGAUGUGAAGAACAAGAGAAAUCCCCGUCUGGUGCCAUAUGCAUUACUGGAUGAGCGUACCAAGAAGUCAAACAGGGACAGCCUUCGUGAAGCUGUUCGGACGUUUAUUGGUUAUGGCUAUAACAUCGAGCCGUCCGACCAAGAACUAGCUGUGGAGAAAGUCAGCAUAGACAAGAUCCGAUUUUUCCGGGUAGAGCGGUCUUAUGCAGUGAGAUCUGGAAAGUGGUAUUUUGAGUUCGAGGUGGUGACUGGAGGAGACAUGCGUGUUGGCUGGGCCAGGCCAGGCUGUCGGCCUGAUGUUGAGCUGGGCGCCGAUGACCAAGCCUUUGUGUUUGAAGGCAGCAAGGGCCAGCGCUGGCAUCAAGGGAGUGGGUAUUUUGGACGUACCUGGCAACCAGGAGAUGUGGUUGGAUGUAUGAUUAACCUGGAUGAUGCUUCGAUGAUCUUCACACUAAAUGGGGAGCUGCUGAUCACCAACAAAGGCUCAGAACUUGCCUUCGCAGAUUAUGAGAUUGAGAAUGGCUUUGUGCCCAUCUGCUCCCUGGGACUGUCUCAGAUCGGCCGUAUGAACCUCGGGAUGGACGCCAGUACCUUCAAGUUUUAUACCAUGUGCGGCCUCCAAGAGGGCUUUGAGCCUUUUGCUGUCAACAUGAACCGAGAUGUUGCAAUGUGGUUCAGCAAGCGCCUCCCGACGUUUGUCAACGUGCCAAAGGAUCAUCCCCAUAUAGAGGUCAUGAGGAUUGACAGCACCAUGGACAGCCCCCCAUGCCUCAAGGUGACACACAAGACAUUUGGUACCCAGAAUAGCAAUGCCAGCAUGAUCUACUGCCGCCUGAGCAUGCCCGUGGAGUGCCACUCCUCCUUCAGCCACAGCCCCUGUCUGGAUGGUGACGCUUUCCAGAAGAGGAAGCAGAUGCAAGAAAUACUCUCUCAAACAACAACACAGUGCUACUAUGCAAUCCGCAUCUUUGCUGGACAGGACCCAUCCUGUGUCUGGGUCGGAUGGGUGACUCCUGACUAUCACUUAUACAGUGAAAAGUUUGACCUGAAUAAAAACUGUACAGUGACUGUUACUCUGGGGGAUGAAAGAGGCCGGGUCCAUGAAAGUGUAAAACGCAGCAACUGCUACAUGGUUUGGGGUGGGGACAUCGUGGCUACUUCCCAACGGUCAAGUCGCAGCAACGUGGACCUGGAGAUCGGCUGCCUCGUGGAUCUGGCAAUGGGCAUGUUGUCCUUCUCAGCCAAUGGGAGAGAACUUGGCACCUGUUACCAGGUGGAGCCCAACACCAAAGUGUUUCCAGCAGUCUUCCUGCAGCCCACAAGCACUUCUCUGUUUCAAUUUGAACUUGGAAAGCUGAAGAAUGCGAUGCCCCUGUCGGCAGCCAUAUUUAAGAGUGAAGAGAAGAACCCAGUCCCGCAGUGUCCGCCUCGGCUUGAUGUGCAAACCAUCCAGCCCGUGCUCUGGAGCCGCAUGCCCAGCAGCUUCCUGAAGGUGGAGACAGAGCGGGUGAGCGAGCGCCACGGCUGGGUGGUGCAGUGCCUGGAGCCCCUGCAGAUGAUGGCGCUCCACAUCCCGGAAGAGAACAGGUGUGUGGAUAUCCUGGAGCUCUGUGAGCAGGAGGACCUGCUGCAGUUCCAUUACCACACGCUGAGACUCUACAGCGCCGUGUGUGCCCUGGGAAACAGCCGAGUAGCCUAUGCCCUGUGCAGCCACGUUGACCUUUCCCAGCUCUUCUACGCCAUUGAUAACAAGUACCUCCCCGGCCUCCUUCGGUCUGGCUUCUAUGACCUGCUCAUCAGCAUCCAUCUGGCCAACGCUAAGGAGAGAAAGCUGAUGAUGAAGAAUGAGUACAUCAUCCCCAUUACCAGCACCACCAGGAAAAUCCGCCUGUACCCAGAUGGGUCAAAAAAGCAUGGGCUGCCUGGGGUGGGCCUGAGAACUUGCCUCAAGCCGGGCUUCCAGUUCUCCACCCCUUGCUUUGUCAUGACCAGUGAGGAGCACCAGAAGCAGAGCCCCGAGAUUCCCUUGGAGAUUCUCAAGACGAAGGCGCUGAGCAUGCUGAGAGAGGCUGUGGAGUGCAGUGGAGCUCACAUCCGAGACCCUGUUGGGGGCUCUGUGGAGUUCCAGUUUGUGCCUGUGCUGAAGCUCAUUGGAACCCUUCUGGUCAUGGGGGUGUUUGAUGAUGAUGACGUUCGGCAGAUUCUCCUCCUGAUUGAUCAGUCUGUGUUUGGCGAGCAGAGUAGGGAGAGAGAAGAGGGAGCAGAGAAGGAGGAAGUGAGUCAGGUGGAGGAGAAGGCAGUGGAGGCUGGGGAAAAGGCCAGCAAGGAGGCUCCAGUCAAAGGCUUGUUACAGACCCGAUUACCAGAGUCCGUCAAGCUCCAGAUGUGUGAGCUCCUCAGCUAUUUCUGUGACUGUGAGCUGCAGCACCGAGUGGAAGCCAUUGUGGCCUUUGGCGACAUUUAUGUCUCCAAGCUCCAGGCAAAUCAGAAGUUCCGCUACAAUGAGCUCAUGCAGGCCCUGAACAUGUCUGCAGCCCUAACUGCUCGGAAGACCAAGGAGUUCCGCUCACCUCCACAGGAGCAGAUCAAUAUGCUCCUUAACUUUCAACUGGGAGAGAACUGCCCCUGCCCAGACGAGAUCCGGGAGGAGCUGUACGACUUCCACGAGGACCUUCUCUCUCACUGUGGGGUCCCCCUGGAGGAAGAGGAGGAGGAGGAGGAGGUCACCUCCUGGGCAGGCAAACUCUGUGCCUUGGUGCAGAAAAUCAAAGGCCCCAAGCCAGAAACAGAGCAGCCAGCGGUGGAGGAGCAGAAGUGCCCUACAACACUGAAGGAACUCAUCUCACAGACCAUGAUCCGCUGGGCCCAGGAAGACCACAUUCAGGAUGCAGACCUCGUCCGGAUGAUGUUCAACCUCCUCCAGAGGCAGUACGACAGCAUCGGGGAGCUGCUGCAGGCCCUGAGGAAGACCUACAGCAUCAGCCAGGCCUCUGUGGGUGACACCAUCAACCUGCUGGCAGCCCUGGGCCAGAUCCGCUGCCUCCUCAGUGUCAGGAUGGGCAAGGAAGAGGAGCUGCUCAUGAUCAACGGGCUGGGAGACAUAAUGAACAACAAGGUGUUUUACCAGCACCCCAACCUCAUGCGAGUCCUCGGCAUGCACGAGACAGUGAUGGAGGUGAUGGUGAACGUGCUGGGUGCAGAGAAAUCCCAGAUUGCUUUUCCAAAGAUGGUCGCUAGCUGUUGCCGCUUCCUCUGCUAUUUCUGUCGAAUUAGCCGGCAGAAUCAAAAGGCCAUGUUCGAGCAUCUAAGUUACCUUUUGGAGAAUAGCAGUGUUGGCCUAGGUAUGGGAUCCACUCCGCUGGAUGUGGCAGCUUCCUCAGUGAUGGACAACAAUGAGUUAGCACUGGGCUUAGAGGAACCAGACCUCGAGAAGGUGGUGACUUACUUGGCAGGCUGUGGCCUACAGAGCUGCCCCAUGCUUCUGGCCAAAGGAUACCCUGACGUCGGCUGGAACCCCAUUGAAGGGGAGCGCUACCUGUCCUUCCUGAGGUUUGCCGUCUUUGUGAACGGUGAAAGUGUGGAAGAAAAUGCUAGUGUCGUGGUCAAGCUGCUCAUCAGACGCCCAGAGUGCUUUGGUCCAGCCCUGAGGGGUGAAGGGGGGAAUGGCCUGUUGGCCGCCAUGCAGGGAGCCAUCAGGAUCUCAGAGAACCCAGCCCUCGACCUCCCCUCGCAGGGAUACAAGAGAGAAGUCAGCACGGAGGAUGGUGAAGACGAAGAAGAGAUCGUGCACAUGGGCAAUGCAAUUAUGUCAUUUUAUUCGGCUCUUAUAGAUCUGCUGGGCCGCUGUGCUCCUGAAAUGCACCUUAUCCAGACAGGAAAAGGAGAAGCCAUCCGGAUCAGGUCAAUCCUACGCUCCCUGGUCCCCACUGAGGACUUGGUUGGAAUCAUCAGCAUCCCCUUGAAACUGCCCUCCCUGAACAAAGACGGGUCCGUCAGCGAGCCGGACGUGGCCGCCCACUUCUGCCCAGACCACAAGGCACCCAUGGUGCUGUUCCUGGACCGUGUGUAUGGCAUUAAGGAUCAAACGUUUCUGCUCCACUUGCUGGAGGUCGGAUUUUUACCUGACUUAAGAACUUCUGCCUCUCUAGAUACAGUUUCCCUGAGCACCACGGAGGCUGCGCUGGCACUGAAUCGGUACAUAUGUUCUGCUGUGCUCCCGCUCCUCACAAGAUGUGCCCCUCUCUUUGCUGGAACAGAACACUACACCUCUCUGAUCGAUUCUACACUCCAGACAAUAUACAGGCUUUCCAAGGGACGUUCCCUCACCAAAGCUCAGAGGGACACCAUAGAAGAAUGUUUGCUUGCUAUUUGCAAUCACCUGAGGCCUUCCAUGCUGCAGCAGCUCCUGCGGCGCCUGGUGUUCGACGUGCCCCAGCUCAACGAGCACUGCACAAUGCCCCUGAAGCUUCUGACGAAUCACUACGAGCAGUGCUGGAAGUACUACUGUCUGCCUUCGGGGUGGGGGAGCUACGGCCUCGCUGUGGAGGAAGAGCUGCACCUGACAGAGAAGCUCUUCUGGGGGAUCUUCGACUCCCUGUCCCACAAGAAGUACGACCCAGACCUCUUCCGGAUGGCCCUGCCCUGUCUCAGCGCCAUAGCCGGGGCCUUGCCGCCAGACUACUUAGACACCAGGAUCUCGGCCACGCUGGAGAAACAGCUCUCGGUGGAUGCAGAUGGCAACUUCGACCCCAAGCCUAUCAGCACCCUGAAUUUCUCCUUGCCUGAAAAAUUGGAGUACAUCGUCACCAAGUAUGCUGAGCACUCACAUGACAAAUGGGCCUGUGAAAAGAGUCAGAAUGGAUGGAAAUACGGAAUUUCCCUGGACGAAAACGUGAAGACCCAUCCGCUGAUAAGGCCUUUCAAGACAUUAACAGAGAAGGAGAAGGAAAUUUAUCGCUGGCCAGCCAGAGAGUCCCUGAAAACCAUGCUGGCUGUGGGCUGGACUGUGGAGAGGACCAAAGAAGGAGAAGCCCUUGUUCAACAACGGGAAAAUGAGAAGCUUCGGAGCAUGUCCCAGGCCAGCCAGGUAGGACAGAGGCCCACGCCGGGCCACUACAGCCCCGCCCCCCUGGACCUCUCCAACGUGGCGCUCUCCCGAGAGCUCCAGGGAAUGGUGGAGGUCAUAGCUGAGAACUAUCACAACAUCUGGGCCAAGAAGAAGAAGCUGGAGCUGGAGAGCAAAGGUGGUGGCAGUCACCCUCUUUUGGUGCCAUACGACACCCUGACCACCAAGGAGAAGUUUAGGGACCGAGAGAAGGCACAGGACCUCUUUAAAUUCCUCCAAGUGAAUGGCAUUGUGGUUUCUAGAGGUGUGAAGGACAUGGAGCUGGAUGCCUCCUCCAUGGAGAAGAGGUUUGCCUAUAAAUUUUUGAAGAAGAUCCUGAAAUAUGUUGAUUCUGCUCAAGAGUUUAUUGCACACUUGGAAGCCCUUGUCAGCAGUGGGAAAACUGAAAGGUCUCCCCAUGACCAGGAGAUCAAAUUCUUUGCCAAAGUUCUCCUCCCGCUGGUUGACCAGUACUUCACCAACCACCGCCUCUACUUCCUGUCAUCCCCUCUGAAGCCCCUCAGCAGCGGUGGGUAUGCCUCCCAUAAGGAGAAAGAGAUGGUGGCCAGCCUGUUCUGCAAACUCGCUGCUCUCGUUCGGCACAGGAUUUCCCUCUUUGGGAGUGAUUCUACUACAAUGGUGAGCUGCCUUCACAUCUUAGCUCAGACGCUCGACACAAGGACCGUCAUGAAGUCGGGCUCAGAGCUGGUGAAGGCCGGGUUACGAGCCUUCUUUGAAAAUGCCGCGGAAGACUUAGAGAAGACUUCGGAAAACCUGAAGCUCGGGAAGUUCACGCACUCCAGAACGCAGAUUAAAGGCGUCUCUCAGAACAUUAACUACACCACGGUGGCGCUGCUCCCCAUCCUGACGUCCAUCUUUGAGCACGUGGCGCAGCAUCAGUUUGGGGUGGAUUUGCUCUUGGGUGACGUGCAGAUUUCAUGCUACCACAUACUGUGCAGCCUCUACUCUCUUGGGACGGGAAGGAACAUCUAUGUUGAAAGACAACGUCCUGCCCUCGGAGAAUGUCUGGCUUCACUGGCAGCUGCCAUCCCAGUGGCGUUCCUGGAGCCCACCCUUAACCGUUACAACCUGCUCUCGGUCUUCAACACCAAAACCCCCAGGGAGAGAUCUAUUCUGGGGAUGCCGGACACAGUGGAAGAGAUGUGUCCUGACAUCCCCCAGCUGGAAGGCCUCAUGAAAGAAAUCAACGACCUGGCCGAGUCAGGGGCCCGGUACACAGAGAUGCCCCACGUCAUUGAGGUGAUCCUGCCCAUGCUCUGCAACUACCUGUCCUACUGGUGGGAGCAGGGGCCUGAGCACCUGCCCCCCAGCACAGGGCCCUGGUGCACCCGAGUCACCUCGGAACACCUCAGUGUCAUCCUGGGCAACAUCCUGAAAAUCAUCAACAACAACCUGGGCAUCGACGAGGCCUCCUGGAUGAAGCGUAUUGCAGUGUAUGCCCAGCCAAUCAUCAGCAAAGCCAGGCCUGACCUGCUAAGAAGUCACUUCAUCCCAACUCUGGAGAAGCUGAAGAAAAAGGCCGUCAAGACUGUGCAGGAGGAGGAGCAGCUGAAGGCCGACAGCAAAGGGGACACCCAGGAGGCAGAGCUCCUCAUCCUGGAUGAGUUUGCAGUGCUCUGCAGAGACCUCUACGCCUUCUACCCCAUGCUGAUCCGCUACGUGGACAACAACAGAUCUAACUGGCUCAAAAGCCCUGAUGCUGAUUCUGACCAGCUCUUCCGCAUGGUCGCAGAGGUCUUCAUCCUGUGGUGCAAAUCUAACAACUUCAAGAGGGAAGAGCAAAAUUUUGUGAUUCAGAAUGAAAUUAAUAAUUUGGCAUUUUUAACUGGAGACAGCAAAAGCAAGAUGUCAAAAUCUGGAGGGCAGGACCAGGAGCGGAAGAAGACCAAGCGGAGGGGAGACUUGUAUUCUGUCCAGACCUCCCUCAUCGUGGCUGCGCUCAAGAAGAUGCUGCCUAUUGGUUUGAACAUGUGCACCCCAGGCGAUCAGGAGCUGAUCUCCCUCGCAAAGUCACGAUACAGCUUUAGAGACACAGACGAAGAAGUGAAGGAACACCUGCGGAACAACUUGCACUUGCAGGAAAAGUCUGAUGACCCAGCUGUAAAGUGGCAACUGAACCUCUACAAGGAUGUUUUGAAGAGUGAAGAACCUUCUGAUCCAGAAAAGACGGUGGAGCGUGUGCAAAGAAUUUCAGCAGCUGUCUUCCACCUGGAACAGGUGGAGCAGCCUUUGAGGUCCAAGAAGGCAGUCUGGCACAAACUGCUGUCUAAGCAGCGGAAACGGGCAGUGGUGGCCUGUUUCAGGAUGGCCCCUCUCUACAACCUGCCCAGGCACCGCUCUAUUAACCUCUUCCUCCAUGGCUAUCAGAGAUUUUGGAUAGAAACAGAGGAAUGUUCCUUUGAAGAGAGACUAGUACAGGAUUUGGCUCAGUCUCCCAAGGCGGAGGAGCAGGAGGAGGAGGAGACGGAAAGGCACCCAGACCCACUUCAUCAGAUCAUUCUCCAUUUUAGCCGCAAUGCUCUCACCGAGAGGAGCAAACUGGAAGAUGACCCUUUGUACACCUCCUAUUCCAGCAUGAUGGCCAAGAGUUGUCGGAAUGGGGAGAACGAGGAAGAGGAGGAGGACAAGGAAAAAACAUUUGAAGAAAAAGAGAUGGAAAAGCAGAAAACCCUGUACCAGCAGGCUCGGCUGCACGAGCGCGGAGCUGCAGAGAUGGUCCUUCAGAUGAUCAGCGCCAGCAAAGGUGAGAUGAGCCCCAUGGUGGUUGAGACUCUGAAGCUGGGGAUCGCCAUUCUGAACGGAGGCAACGCGGGUGUGCAGCAGAAAAUGUUAGAUUACCUAAAGGAGAAAAAGGAUGCUGGAUUCUUUCAGAGCCUUUCUGGUCUUAUGCAGUCUUGCAGUGUCCUUGAUUUGAAUGCGUUUGAGAGGCAGAACAAAGCUGAAGGCCUGGGCAUGGUUACUGAGGAAGGAACACUCAUUGUUCGUGAGCGUGGUGAAAAAGUACUCCAGAAUGAUGAGUUCACACGAGAUCUCUUUAGAUUCCUACAGUUACUUUGUGAAGGACAUAACAGUGACUUUCAGAACUUCCUGCGAACUCAGAUGGGUAACACCACCACCGUGAACAUCAUCAUCAGCACCGUGGACUACCUUCUGCGUCUUCAGGAAUCAAUCAGUGAUUUCUACUGGUAUUAUUCAGGGAAGGACAUAAUUGAUGAGUCUGGACAGCACAAUUUUUCCAAAGCUCUGGUGGUCACCAAGCAGAUUUUCAAUUCUCUUACAGAAUAUAUCCAGGGCCCUUGCAUUGGGAACCAGCAGAGCCUGGCUCACAGCAGGCUGUGGGACGCAGUGGUCGGCUUCCUCCAUGUAUUUGCUAACAUGCAGAUGAAACUCUCACAGGAUUCCAGUCAGAUCGAGCUGCUGAAGGAACUCUUGGAUCUCCUUCAGGACAUGGUGGUGAUGCUUCUGUCCCUCCUGGAAGGGAAUGUGGUAAAUGGAACUAUUGGCAAGCAGAUGGUUGACACACUGGUAGAGUCAUCUACCAAUGUAGAAAUGAUCUUGAAAUUCUUUGACAUGUUCUUGAAACUGAAAGACUUAACCAGCUCAGAUGCCUUCAAAGAAUAUGACCCAGAUGGGAAAGGGAUUAUCUCCAAAAAAGAAUUCCAGAAGGCCAUGGAAGGGCAAAAACAGUACACACCAUCAGAGAUUGACUUUCUCCUUUCAUGUGCAGAAGCUGAUGAGAAUGACAUGUUUAACUACAUCGAUUUUGUAGACCGGUUCCACGAGCCGGCCAAGGACAUAGGGUUUAACGUGGCAGUGCUAUUGACAAAUCUGUCAGAGCACAUGCCAAAUGACUCUCGCCUUAAGUGCCUGUUGGACCCAGCGGAAAGUGUGCUGAAUUACUUUGAACCAUACCUGGGACGCAUUGAGAUUAUGGGUGGGGCCAAGAAAAUUGAGCGUGUUUAUUUUGAGAUCAGUGAAUGUAGUCGAACUCAAUGGGAAAAGCCCCAAGUGAAGGAAUCUAAGCGACAGUUCAUCUUUGAUGUUGUCAAUGAAGGUGGAGAACAGGAGAAGAUGGAGCUGUUUGUGAACUUCUGUGAGGAUACCAUCUUUGAAAUGCAGUUAGCAUCUCAGAUCUCUGAAUCUGACUCAGUGGACAGGCCAGAAGAGGAGGAGGAAGAUGAAGGCUCUUCUUACACGUUAGAAAUCGAGGGUGAAGAGGAAGAUGACAAGUCCUCCGAGCCUGCCUCUGCAUUUGCCAUGGCCUGCGCCUCAGUGAAGAGAAGUGUUGCCAACUUUCUGAAGAGGGCAACCCUGAAGAACCUCAGGAAGCAAUACCGGAAGGUGAAAAAGAUGGCUGUGAAGGAGCUGGUAAAGGUGUUUUUCUCUUUCUUCUGGAUGUUGUUCGUGGGGCUGUUCCGGUUGUUCUUCACCAUAUUGGGAGGAAUCAUUCAGGUCCUCUGGAACACAGUGUUUGGAGGGGGCCUUGUAGAAAGGGCAAAGAACAUCAGGGUGACCAAGAUCCUGGGGGACAUGCCUGACCCAACCCAAUUUGGUAUCCAUGACGACACCAUGGAGGCUGAGAGGGCAGAAGCGACUGAGCCGGGUGUCUCCACUGAACUAGUACACUUCAUAAAGGGGGAGAAGGGAGAUGCGGAUAUUAUGUCAGACCUUUUUGGAUUCUACUCAAAGAAAGAAGGUGGCUUAAAGCAUGGGCCCGAAGUGGGUUUGGGUGACCUCUCUGAGAUUGCUGGCAAAGAUGAACCCCCUACGCUAGAGAGUACUGUACAGAAGAAAAGGAAAGUGCAGGCGGCAGAGAUGAGAGCAGCCCAUGAGUCAGAAGGAAAAGUAGAACCUGAGAAAGCAGACAUGGAAGAUGGGGAGAAGGAGGAUCCAGCCAGAGAAGAGCAAGCCAAGGCUCUAUGGGCAGAAGCCACAAAAAAGAAGAAGCGACGGCAUGGCCAGAAAGUCGAGAAGCCUGAAGCCUUCAUGGCUAAUUUCUUUAAAGGGCUGGAAAUCUAUCAGACCAAGUUGCUGCAUUACCUGGCCAGGAAUUUCUACAACCUGAGGUUCCUUGCUCUGUUUGUAGCCUUCGCUAUCAACUUCAUCCUGCUCUUUUACAAGGUCACGGAAGAGCCCCUAGAGGAGGAGGCGGAGGACGUGGCGAACCUGUGGCAUUCCUUUAAUGACGAGGAAGAGGAGGAAGCGAUGGUGUUCUUCGUCCUGCAGGAGAGCACUGGGUACAUGGCCCCAACGUUGCGGGCCCUGGCCAUCGCCCACACGGUCAUCUCUCUGGUCUGUGUGGUGGGCUACUACUGCCUGAAGGUCCCUUUGGUGGUAUUCAAACGAGAAAAAGAAAUUGCCAGGAAGCUGGAGUUUGAUGGCCUGUAUAUUACCGAACAGCCAUCUGAAGAUGACAUCAAAGGUCAAUGGGACCGCUUGGUAAUCAACACACCAUCUUUUCCUAAUAACUACUGGGACAAGUUUGUGAAGAGAAAGGUGAUAAACAAGUAUGGUGACCUCUACGGAGCGGAACGCAUUGCUGAACUCCUGGGUUUGGACAAAAAUGCCCUUGACUUUAGCCCGGUAGAAAAGACCAAAGCAGAGGCGGCCUCUCUGGUGUCAUGGCUAAGCUCCAUCGACAUGAAGUACCACAUCUGGAAGCUGGGAGUUGUUUUCACUGACAAUUCCUUUCUCUACCUUGCCUGGUACACAACCAUGUCGGUCCUGGGCCACUACAACAACUUCUUCUUCGCCGCUCACCUGCUGGAUAUCGCCAUGGGCUUCAAGACCCUGAGGACUAUUCUAUCAUCUGUGACUCAUAACGGCAAACAGCUGGUUUUGACUGUGGGCCUCCUGGCCGUGGUGGUUUAUCUCUACACUGUGGUGGCAUUCAACUUCUUCCGCAAGUUCUACAACAAGAGUGAGGAUGAUGACGAGCCCGACAUGAAGUGUGAUGACAUGAUGACGUGUUACCUAUUCCACAUGUAUGUGGGAGUGAGAGCUGGCGGAGGCAUUGGCGAUGAAAUUGAAGACCCUGCUGGUGACCCCUAUGAAAUGUACCGCAUCGUCUUUGACAUCACCUUUUUCUUCUUUGUCAUUGUCAUCUUGCUGGCCAUCAUUCAAGGUCUUAUUAUUGAUGCUUUCGGAGAGCUGAGAGACCAGCAGGAACAAGUGCGAGAAGAUAUGGAGACCAAGUGUUUCAUCUGUGGGAUCGGCAAUGACUACUUUGAUACGACUCCUCAUGGCUUUGAAACACAUACAUUACAAGAGCACAACUUAGCCAACUACUUGUUCUUCCUCAUGUAUUUGAUUAACAAAGACGAAACAGAGCACACAGGUCAGGAAUCUUACGUCUGGAAGAUGUACCAAGAAAGGUGUUGGGAUUUCUUCCCAGCUGGUGACUGCUUUCGGAAACAAUAUGAAGAUCAACUUGGAUAAAUCUGAAUGAAAGACACUCCACAAUUCUAGACUGUCAAGUUAAAGUGAAAUUAAAAUCCUUCUUUUACACUUCAGUGACAUUUUUAAAAGGUGACAUUUUCUAAAUGCCUCCCUUACCACAAGAAAAGUGUUUGUUAAAAAAUCUGAGUGAUAUUUGGAAUUGAUUUGGCUCUUUGUGCCGAAUGGACAUGCUCUGUGAGAGACAGCCUGUCACAGUGUUCGGCCAAGGACUCGAGUUGAAUGCCCUCCAGUUCUCCAAGUCUAAGGUACCUGGUUUGUCGGGAUGGCAUCACCAAGAAAAGAACGAGAGCAUGAGGUCUUGAAUGCGUAAUACAUGAACUUUAAAACACUUGAUUGUCACAUGACAGUAUCCACCAGUGACUCAUGGUCUGAACUACAAAAAAUCAUUUUAACUGCAGUCUAAUUUCUCCCAUGGUACUUGCUAGUGAAUUUACCCAGAAUCAGCUCGAAAAGCUUUAAGCAGUUAAACAGAAAUAGGAAAAAAAAAAACCCACUUUGUCGACACUGAAAUAUCGAUUAAGUGCCUUAAAAUAUCUUUAGAUAUAGCUAUGCAAGUUUUUUAUGUUCAUGUCCCAGACGGAAAGUUCCAUUAAAUAGUUAUGCCGAUCUCUGGUCUUAAGAAACUGCACUUGAAGGUUAUUCAUAUUUUUUUUUCAGUAACAGCUGUCAAUUGCUGUUAUUAGAAGUACUGUACUGAAAACUCAGAAAAAUCUCAAUCUUACGCUAAAUUGCGUAAUGCUUUAUGGUCCCUUGUAAGUAGUGGAGCUGCUAUGUUUAGGUGAAUCUCUC